UGUUGUUUCGGCUUGCACAUGGACCGGAUGAGCUUCUUCUGCGAAUCCGUGUCAAGUGAGCAACUUCAGCGAGCUUCCUUUGCCAGAAUCGGUGUUGACUCCGCCGCUUAUCAAACCUCCGCUGGCUGGGAACCCGAUUGUCGGGAACGGUCAUGUAUCUCCUUCCGAAAUCUGUCGUUCCAGCUCUUGUCUCCCGCAGUAUCACUCAGCUCCUAACAAGAAUCGCUGAGUCAAGUAUUUUUAUUCAACGGCUACCUUCGGGCGGUGUAGGUCACAAAAAGAUCCCCGCGCUGACUUCUGUUCUGCCACUCAAUCGAGGGCCCAGAUCUACAAUCCGUUCGCCGACGUCGAAACUGUGCUUUUGACCUGUUCAACAGUGAGUCUACUGAAAACAUCGAUAGCGUAUAAUAUUCCCAACUACUCACAGCUCCGCGGGCUGAAUGUUUGUUGUGUCGCAGACAAUACCGCGCAGUGGAGAUACGACCAGUAGCGAUCACCUAGAAGACAGAGUCUCAGCGAGUGUAGAGACACAGGAGCUAUAUCAUUAGCUGUACCUAGAAGACAGAGUCUAUGGUACAAGUCAUAAGUAAGGUCAUUAGAUCGUAAGAGAGAAUGCAUACCUCAGCGAGUGUAGAGACACAGG